UUGGCCUCUUCCGAUCGGAAGUAGUCGAUUAAUAGAUUACAAUUCGGUCAAAAAUCCAAUUUAAAUCAAUAGAUAAAUCUUCCUUCACUAUGAGAUGUCAUUAAAUUAAAUUAGAACCUGCAAAUCGACCUACCUCAUUGAUGUUGAUGUUCUCCAAUUUCUUUCUUUCUUUCCUUCCACGAAAGGCAACGUGGAGUUACAUUUGUCUUGCAUUUUGCUCCAAAGAUUGAAACUCGCACCAUGUGUCAGAGCACUUUCCUCCUCCGCCGCCGCCUCCUCCUCCUCCUCCUGUUGCUCCACCGCCGUCUCUCAGCUGGAAUCGCCACCGGCGCUGAAGAUGACUUUACCUUCAAUGGAUUCCGGGGGGCGAACCUCACGCUCGACGGCACCGCCACGAUUACUCCCGGCGGCCUCUUGAAGCUCACCAACAACACGAGGCAGAUGAAAGGCCACGCCUUCUACCCGUCGCCGAUUCAAUUCCGAGCUCCCCUUAACGGCUCCGUCGUCUCCUUCUCCGCCACUUUCGCCUUUGCCACGAUCCUCAAAGACAGGUACAUCGGCGGCAACGGGCUCGCCCUCGUGAUCUCCCGCUCCGACAACUUCUCCGGCGCCUUGGGGAGUCAGUACUUGGGCCUCUUCAAUCCCAACAACAACGGCAACGCCACCAACCACGUCUUCGCCGUCGAGCUCGACACCAUCUACAAUCCUGAUGUCCAGGAUAUCGACGACAACCACGUCGGGAUCGACAUCAACGGCGUGGCGUCCAACGUUUCCGUCCCCGCCGGCUACUUCUCCGACGAUACUGGUGUUUUCCAGAACUUGAGCCUUGUCGGCGAGCAAGUCAUGCAAGCGUGGGUGGAAUAUGAUGCAGAGAGCUUGCAGCUUAAUGUUACCUUGGCUCGAGUUCCAAUGGCGAAGCCGAGAAGGCCGCUGUUAUCGACGACGAUCGAUCUUUCGUCGGUGUUCUUGGGUUCCAUGUUCAUCGGAUUCUCUGCUUCCACUGGUUCGUAUCAAACUGCUCAUUAUGUCCUCGGCUGGAGCUUCAAGAUCAACGGCACGGCGCGAGCUCUCGACUACUCGUUGCUCCCGUCUCUCCCUCGGACCAAAUCCAAUCACAGAUCCAGGCUUUUGGCGAUCGGAAUUUCACUGACUUCCGCCGGAAUUGUUUUGGCGAUCGCCGGCGUCGUGGCGUUGGUGGUGAAACGAAGGAUCAAGUACGCGGAGCUUCUGGAGGACUGGGAAAGGGAAUACGGCCCUCACCGGUUCUCCUACAAGGACCUGUUCGAUGCCACCGGCGGCUUCACAGAGGAAAAUUCGCUUGGCUACGGCGGUUUCGGCAGGGUAUACCGGGGAAUUUUGCCGAGGGCCAAAGUGGAAGUGGCAGUGAAGAAGGUGUCUCACGAGUCAAGGCAGGGGAUGAAGGAGUUCAUCGCAGAGAUCGUUAGCCUCGGCCGUCUCCGGCACCGGAACCUCGUCCGGUUGCUGGGCUACUGCCGGCGAAAGGGGGAGCUCCUCUUGGUCUACGACUACAUGCCCAAUGGUAGCCUCGACAAGUUUCUGUACGAUCAGUUCCGGCCAUCUCUCGAUUGGGCGUCGAGGUUUAAGAUCAUCAAAGGCGUGGCGUCAGGCCUGCUCUAUCUCCACGAGGACUGGGAGCAGAUGGUGAUCCACAGGGACGUCAAGGCCAGCAAUGUAAUGCUCGACGGCGAGAUGAAGGGAAGAUUAGGCGACUUUGGGUUGGCGAGGCUUUACGACCAUGGCUCCGAUCCGCAAACCACCCACAUAGUUGGAACCAUGGGCUACCUCGCGCCGGAGAUGAUGCGGACAGGGCGGGCAUCGGCUGCGACCGACGUGUUCGCCUUCGGGACCUUCCUUUUGGAGGUUGCGUGCGGGCGGAGACCGGUGGAUUGGGUCGCCGAUGUCGACGAACUCGUGCUGUUGGAAUGGGUGCUGGAGAAUUGGCGGAAGGGGUCAAUACUUCAGACAAUGGAUACCAAGUUGGGGAAGGAGUUUGUGGCGGAGGAGGUGGAGCUGGUGCUGAAGCUUGGGCUGCUCUGCUCGCAUCCGCUGCCCGCGGCGAGGCCAACUAUGCGUCGAGUCGUCGAGUAUUUGGAUGGGAGCUCGCCGCUGCCGGAGCUGACAGCAACUUACUUGAGCUUCAAAAAGAUAGCACUGCUGCACAGUAGGAGUUUUAAGGAUUAUAUGUCACAGUAUCCAUCGUCGUCUUCAGUGGCUUCGGCACCUCCAAUCACCGGAGUUCGACAGCACAUGACAUAACCUGGAAAGAAAAACAUAAUCAAAUUAUGUUUAGCAUUUUUUUUUUAUUUUUUUUGUGUCGGUGUUAACAACGAUACGAUUGGCUGAAUAGUUAUCAUAAGAAUAGAGACCCCCAUUCUUGUUCUAAAGGUUCACUCACAAAUGCUCAAGCAAACUAGAACACUAAACUAUAGUUCACCAGCUCUUCAGUUUCUGGGGCAAACUGUACUAAAUAAUGGAA